AAAAAGUACGUAUGUAGCAGUUACCUUUGCCCACAUUUCACUGGCAGAAUAAGUUUAAAAAAAUCCAUAGAAAAUGGCGGAGCUUCGAAGCUGUAGCGUCCUUUAGCUUUUCUCCUAUUAAAUUUUAUUAUUUUUAAGUGUAAAUGGUGUGAUUGUGUAAUUAAAAACGAUGGAGACUUCUGUGAAUCAUAGUAUGUGUCGGUGUUGUGCGUCGGAAGGUGCAUUUAAAGAUGUUAAAAGCACAUAUCAUUGGAUGGGAGAAGAAGAGAUUUAUGCAGACAUGUUGCGAGAAUGUUUCGAUAUAAAUUUAAAUACGUCAGAGGACUGUGACGAGAGUGGUAUAUGCGAGGUGUGCAUCACACAGCUGAGGAACGCGAUCAACUUCAAGAAGCAAGUGCUACACACAGAGGAACAUUACAAGAAGCUUGUGCAGAAUAAGGCGCUGUUCAGAACCAACAUCGUAAAGAUCGAAGCCAAUGCAGAUGAUGAUUCCGAGGGGAACGUGUCAGCUGAUGAUGCAUUUUCUGGUGCCGAAUUCGACGUCCCCAUAAAAACUGAGGAAGAGGAACAGAAACCUAAGAAACGAGCGGCCACCACCAAAACCAUGACCACGCGCUCGAAGAAAGCCAAAACGGAGAGCGGCGAGACCUCCACCAAACGCGAUACCGGAGCAACAAAAAAACCACGAAAACGGGCUGUUAAAGAAGAAACGGACGACGAAAGUCUGAGUCGAUUGAUCUACCGCGAAAAGCAUCUGCCGGAAAUGAAGAAACAGUGGCACAAUCUCACAACACUACUCAAGUAUUCGAACGCGACGCCGUUUAAAGAUAGGAACGACGCGGGCUAUAUAUGCGCGUAUUGCUUUAAAACGUACCCAAACCCCGACAUCCUACGAUCUCACACACACAACGACCACGCAACCGAAAGGCCUUCUUACAAGGCUGGUUCUGGGAUGGCCAGUUUCGUGGCCUUCUUAGAUAUAGUCGAUCUGAAAUGCACUAUUUGCGAACAAGCAAUGGAUUCUUUAAAUACUUUGACCGAACAUCUAGUUAGUGUACACGAAAAGAAGUAUUAUUUGGGCGUCACAGAUUACUUUCAACCUUUCAAACUGUCGAAUGAGCAGCAAAUUAAUUGCUGCCUCUGUAACGAAGUCUUUCACAACAUGAAGUUACUCAUGCAACAUAUGAAUGUGCACUACAGAAACUUUAUCUGCACUACUUGUGGCGCUGGCUUCGUAAACUCUUUCCGUCUCAAUAGGCAUGAGACCACGCAUGGGAAAAAGAAGUCCAGUUUCCCAUGCCGGCAUUGCGGCCAAGUCUUUGCUGCUGAAUCAAAGAAGAAAGCUCACGUCAAUACGGAGCAUAAAGGAAUAGCAGGAGACAGUGUCUGCCAAAUUUGUAAAGCGAGAUUCAAAAAUUACUACCAAAAAACUAGGCAUAUGAUGCAAAUACAUAACGCUGAAGGAAUCAAAUGCGAUCUAUGCGAGAAGAAAUUCAAUUUGAAGUCGAAUUUGAUGCUGCAUAUGCGGAGUGUCCAUUUAAAAGAACGACCAUACGAGUGCUCGGUUUGUAGCAUGGGAUUCUUUAUCAAACGGCAUAUGCUGGGACACUACAUGGCCACGCACACGAAUGAGAGGAAGUUCAAGUGUGAGGUAUGCGGGAAAGCAUAUGCGACGCAGAAUAGUAAGAGGAAACACAUGAAGAAGAAUCAUGGUAUUUCAAAAAACAUGAUGGUUCCGAAUUUGGCGAAGUAAAAAUGUGAUUUGAUGAUGAGAUUUUGUAGGUUCAUAAAGUAGCAGCUGAAAUAAUGCGGUCGAUACUGAUUUGUAUGUCCAUAUGUCAUGCAGAUUGACCUUGGUACUUGUUACUUGAUGGUGGGGGGUCCCUUUUCCGCACUUUAGUCCGGUUUGCUUAGGCUAGUUUCGGAAUGCGCUCAAUCCAGCCUUGCCAACUCCUUCAAGAAGCGCGGAAGGGUAGUCUUCUGGGACCUUCGCGAUCCUCCGUGCUGGAAAUUGUAUUUCAAUUCUCCGACCGUGAUAAAAUCUUGUGAUAUGCAAGCUCUUGGCUUGACAGAAGAACUUAACUAACAUUGCUGAGUAGGGAUAACGACAUUUUUUGCUUAGACGUCCGUCCUGUAGAAUCAAUAAUAAUGGAUAUUUAUUUCUUCAAGCAAAAACUGGUCAAAUUAGUGUGAAUGAAACUCAUGCAUGACGUCACUUCUACGUAUAAAUUUUACUAAGUUGUUACGUCACAAGCCCUUUCAGUUUAGCAGUUUAUCUUUAUCAAUUGUAAAUGUUCAAAUAAUUGCAAAAAUGUGGGUCGUAGUAUUUUUAAUUAUCUAUCAGACGAAUUACAAACAUGCAUGCAACAGUCGUCAUCCCUAUUGUAUUUAGCCUAGGAUUAAAUUAACUAUAUAACCACCAGUAUUAACUUCCAUGUAAACUAUAGUUAUAUACAACUAUUAAAAGUAGGUUAAGCAUUGAUCUCGCAAAUGUAAAUGACAUGGUUUAUCUGUAAUAGUUUCGUCCUAGCAUAAGAGAUUUACCUAAAUCUUAAAAAUGUCUCACGUACUAAGGAAUUCAAUCCUUAUGUCAAGAUGGUUUCAGUUUCAUUUGUGUGACCCACGAAUCCUCGUUCUGAGUCAAUCUGAGUGAAUCAGCCUCAUAAGGACACAGUCAGACAUUCAUAUGUUUAAGGAACUCCCCACGGCACAAGGAUUAAAUUCCAUAGGACGUGAGUCUUUUUUUAAGAUUUACGCAUAUCUACUACUGUGGGCGUUGGAGAUGAGAGUGGCCAAUCCUUGUCUAUUAAGACUAUUAAGACAAGUUACACCAACGCCAGUGUUCUGCUAACCCUAGAGAGACACUAUGGCAACAGUAGUCUUUAGUUUGCUCUAAUAAAUGAAUCCCAAUGAUCACAAAAACACAUCACCUCCAAAACGUCUUCUUUGUAUUAUUAUUGUGAAUUCCAAAACUUUAUUUAAGGUGUAAUAAGCAUUUAUUUAUAUGUAGCUGUUUAAUUGUACAAUUCAGUAAUAUAAUUAUCAUGACAAUGAAUGGUAUUUUCUUUUUAACUAAGUCUAAGCCUUUUCCCAAGGCGUGUUUUGUUUGCUUCUAAUCUUAACAGACUCUGUUUAUCUUGACUCUGUCUGAAUCAUAUUAUACAUUUAAAUCGCACGAUUUUGGUUUUAAAAGAUAUGAAAAAUGAGUUUUACUUCAAUCUUCACUAGUGCUGAUAUAUACAUGAAGAAAAGCAACGUUGGCAGUUGUUAUCUCUCAAGCAAGGUGUCAUAGUUAAUUUUAUUAUGUAAGGACAAUCUACAUUGGUUUUCUUAACUAUUGUUGUUUAGAAUUUAUAAUAUAAACAAGUAUUUUAUAGCGCGUUGCCCAAAUUUCUAAGACAUCGUGCUUCGGUGUAACUGGUCCUAUGUCUUUCGACCUUCAAAAAGUUGUAUUUUGUAGCCUAAUUUACCAAAUGACUUUAUUUGAUUUGGUUUCGAUUUCGUGGAAGUUUCGCGCAGUGUUAGUGAUCGUAAAAGUCCUCUCAAUAAUGUU